GGUCCAUUGAUUGGUUUGAAUAAGAAACUCGCACACUAAUGUAUAAGAAGUACACAGUACUGUACAAUAGGGCUGUGCAAUUAAUCGGAUUUCGAUUUUGGGUCUCAACGAUCACAAAAACUGUGUAAUCGAGAAAAAACGAUUAUUCAGUUUUUCAAGUUAUUUUGGCCUGCGUUCCUAAUGACGCGCAUGCGCACUUUCGCCCCUCCCGAAGCUCGAACUCUCUCAGCCUAUACUGUCGGCAAAACAAGUCGCGUAUGUAGUAUCUGGUCGCAUUUAAAAAUCAGCGCGAGUGAAGAUGGCAGAACGAGAGCAGCCACAGAAAUCUUGGGUCAACAAAAGAGGUAAAAGCAAUUCCGUUGUUUGGGAACCGUUUGGAUUCGAAGAAGCGGAAGUGGAUCAAAAACAUAUUAAGUGCAAGAUUUGCUACGCGGUGGUGUCAGCACCGCUUGGUAACACCACAAAUCUUUUUAACCAUCUAAAAUUUAAACAGACCGACAUAUGACCAACUAAUAAUAAAGAAACAGAAAGAACAACCCCCACGACGUCCUCCACAACACAGUCAUCCAUUAAAGACUGACUCUUCAGUGCAACUCCUUAUCCAUCCAGCUCAGAAAAGCACAAAAAAAUAACAGAUGCCAUUGCAUACUUCUUAGCCAAAGACAUGUGCCCCAUUAGCACGGUUGAGAACGAAGGAUUCCAAAAAAUGAUAAAUACUCUGGACAAGCGUUAUGCUUUGCCAUCUCGACACCAUUUCACCAGAGUUGCUCUGCCUGCUUUAUAUGAAAAAUGCCGUGCAGAAGUGGCUAAUGAAGUGUCAAAAGCAGAGUACUUCGCCACCACAACAGACCUAUGGUCUAGCCGUACAAUGGAGCCAUACAUUAGCUUAACACUACACUUCAUCUGCGCCAAUUUCAAUUUGAAUACGAAAUGUCUCCAAACUGCGUUUAUUCCUGAAGACCAUACCGGGCAAAACAUAGCCCAUGGACUCAGGGAAGCUAUGGCUGCAUGGGGUUUAAACGAGGAAAACCUCACCUGCAUCACAACAUAAAGCCGGCAGCUGAGGUAAAUGGAUGGAUGAGGCUUCAGUAUUUCGGGCACAGACUCCACUUGGCCAUAGAGAAUGUAAUGAAGGAUCCUAGGGUCGACCGUGCAAUGAGGGUCUGCAAGAAGCUCAUCAGCAGCUUUUCCUAUAGUUGGAAAAAAAAGAGGGAACUUGCAGAGGCACAAAAGCAGCUGAAGACUCCCUUAAAACAGAAUGCCCAACCAGAUGGGGAUCUAGGCAGGCCAUGAUGGACAGAGUCCUUGAGCAGCAUAAGGCCAUUGCCCAGGUCCUUUCUAGCGACCGAAAACUCAGACAUCUCACCCUCUCUUGGCAGGACAUGGACGUACUGGAGGCCAUCAAUAAGUCUCUUAGCCCCCUUGUUGAAUUCAGUGACGCACUUUCUGGAGGGAAAUACAUAAGUGUGUCUUUUCUGAAACCAACCCUCCACCUCUUCAGAAAUUCAAUAUUGGAAGUGCAGGAGGAUGACACAGACCUUGCCAAAAGCAUCAAACAGAAGAUAGUAGACUACCUCAAUGACAAAUACAGCGACACAAGAGUUACUCGACAUGGCCUCUGCCCUGGACCCAAGGUUCAAGCUUAAAUAUGUCAACAAAGACAACCGAGGGUCUAUUGAAGACAGACUGACAGCAGAGAUGAAGAGUGUGAUGACUGACAUGGUGGAGAACGCCCCUCUUGAGACAGAGGAUGCUGCUACUGCUCCAAAGAAGAAGAAGAAGAAGAAGAAGAAGGAGGGCCUGGGCAGCUUCUUCAAGGUCACCACAGACAAAGCUGCUGGACCUCCUCUGCAACAGGACCAGGCCCUAACUGUUGAGCUACAGUCGUACCUGCAGACAGAGACACUGGAUGCUGAGGAAGACCCACUGAAGUGGUGGAGGGAAUCUCAGAGGAUCUACCCACGGCUUUCCAACCUGGCAAGGAAAUAUCUUUGUAUUCCAGCCACAAGUUCUUCAUCAGAGCGAGUCUUUAGCACUGGUGGAAAUAUUGUCUCCUGCUUGCGUUCAUCACUGAAACCAGAUCAUGUGAAUAGGCUGGUGUUUCUGGCUAAAAACCUUUAAGGCUUAGAUGUGUAACCCUAUCAGCAUUUUGGCCACGUUGGCCUGAAACAUGUUUACUUAGUCUAAAGAUGAAGUUAAACUUAUUUUCUGUUAGUUCUAAGCCAUGGUGGGCCAGCCUUAAAAUAUUAUUGGACUGAGACGAGUUACUGACUGGAGUUUGAUUGUUUAAAAUGU